GACAACGUUGACGGCGGGCGACGACGACAACGACGAUAACGGUUACGAAAAGAGAUCGCAAGGCAUCGUAUACAGAAUGGAGGGAGAUGAUGGCCCGUCAGCCAUCAGUAAUAAACCUACUAUUAUUAAAGCAGCACAAGAAGAAAUAGGACGAUUAGAUGUAUUAGUAUGUGGACAAUGUCAUUCUGUCUUUCAUUUUAUUGAAGAGUUUCAAGAACAUCGUACAAAAGAGGGAGCUUGCUCGAAAGUAUCACAUUUUCGUGAAAAUAAUGAUAAUGGACAAAAAGCACAAGUAUGGGCAUUUUUGUUGUGGAAAGAUACACAAGUUCAACAAGAAGGUACAGAUAAAGAUACGUCUAGUGCUUGGAAAUUGUACCAGAAAUGGUGCAAAAUGGACACACAUGUGAGGGAUUCGUGGAUUACAGCAGGGAAAACCAUACAAACUUUUACAAAAAUCAGUAAUGCAAAAAUGCAGGAUACUCCGAUACAAAUUCAAACGAAUGUUGAAGGUGCCAAACCAAUAAUAGUACGUAAAAUUAUCAGAAAUGGACAACCAGAAGAAACAGGAGAAGCUAAAAAAGAUACCAAGGAUACAAAAUCGUUGGAAAUAAAAACACAAAAGAGUGAAUCCAUGGAUGUUGAAGUGGACAAAUCAAAAGAAAAACCAAGACUGAAACCAUCAAUCAAGCCCAAGAAAAAGGGAGCUACCGAAGAGGAUGCAGAUUUGAGCAAUGAAGAAUAUUUCGUUGACAAAAUUUUGGCUAAACGUUUUAAUCCAAAAAAGAGAUGUUCGGAAUACUUAAUUAAAUGGGAAGGUUAUUCUCACGAAACCAAUACAUGGGAAUCUGCAGAGGCUGUGCAAGCGGCUUGCAAAAAUAUGUUGGAAGAAUUUGAGCGGAAUCUCGCUAAACAGAAGGAACUUAAAGCGGCACAACAACAAGCUAAUGCAAAAGUUGUAGGACGUGCAAGUUUGUCCACGCAAAAACCGAUGCUAAAAAGCGAAGCUAGUAAGCCUGGCCCAAGCACGGCGACGCAAGCAAGUCGUCCGAUGCGGUCUAGCAAAUCAAAAGCAAUGGAUCAAGUGAAGCAAUGGUGCGGUUCGAUGAAAGACGAGGAUAACGAAUUGUUAGGUAAAAGGAGGAUUGAUGAUACGGAGAGUGAUUCGGAAGAAGGUGGAGGCAGCGCGGCAAAGAGAACGAAAGGUGACACGGGCAGUGAUGAUGAAUGGACCGGGGAAUCCGAAGAUGAAAGAGUAACAGGUCGUAGCGAUGUGAUUCAACGUGCAUUCAGUCGUGCUAAUGCGCAGUCCAAUGGAUCCAACAGAGCUUCGGUUUCUUCCACUGAUUUGGCAACAUCGUUGGGUUUACAGUCUCCCGAGGGAACGAAAUCCAGUCAACCACCUGUUUUAGUAGCUAAUGCAAAAGGGGUUGUUAAAGUCGAUCCCAAGCAAAUGCCAAAUUUAACUUCUGGUGUUUAUGUCAUGUCACGAAAAGAUGGUAUCAUCAAAUUGGAUUCAUCUCCCAGUGGAAAAUUAGCAGUUAAAGGAUCUCCUACAUCGCAAGGUGUUCUCAUGGUUCAAAAUCGGGAUAGUACAAACGUAGUGAGGAAACAGGUAAUCUCGACGUCGCAAUCAAAUUCUAUCACUCCGGUGAAAGUUGUUUCGAAGAUGGAUGGGAGCCAAGUAGUAACUCAAAUGAAGGUGGUCACAUCUAAGCCCGUUACAUCAAAAAUUGGUGGCGUGCAGAAGAACGAGCCUAUAAAGAUACAACCGAAACCAGAUCCUUCACAAUUGCAACAAAUACACGUUGUGACUGCGGUACCGGCACCAAUAACUUUGCAACCGAGAAUAACUACAGGCAUAAGACCAGCUUCUGUCACUCCUCAGCGAACAGUAGAUGGUCGUCCUUUAUUACCUAGACCAACAUUGCGCGCUACAACGGCGACAAGUGUUCUUGGUACAAUCCGCACUCCCGUCAGAGCACCGGCGCCAAGACAGAUCCAAACCCAAGCGACGCGUCCGGUAUUUCAGAAGCGUACGACGAUCGUGAGUACGCAGCAAGCUGUUUCACCAGUUGCCACUGGCACGGUCACGCAGAUCAGGCCGAAAUUCGCGGUACUCACAUCUCCGCAAUCCAAACAGCUGGUCAAAACUGGAACUAGUUCAGUACAACAGCAGCAGCAACAACAAUCACAACAGCAGCAAUCACAACAAACAAAACCGUCUCCGAAAACACCAGUGGGUAAGGCACAGUCAUUGUUAUCUCCGCAACAAAAAUUAUUAAUGGCAAAGAGAAAAGCCCAAGAGGCAGCUGGCAUCAUUAAGCCAGGUGGUCGUGGACUUAUAACAGGUACACGCGGUAUUGUAGGACGAGGUAGAGCAAAAGCAAGUACCGAAACAUCUUCCGCAAUAACGCAGGCAGGGAGUAAACCUAAGGAGAGCAAAUUAGCGGAAGGCGAUGGACUCCACAUGGAAUUCCAUGAAGUCGGUUCAGAAGAGAGUAGUAGCGAGGGUGAGCCAGAUCUUCCCCCUCCUUCCGAAUCAGAUAUCAUUACGGCCCCGGAACCCGAUAGUCCACCACGUCCGUUUACUUUGUGCCCUCUCACGGGACGCAUAAUUGGUCCAGAUGGUGAACCAAUCGAGCAACCAGGUGAAUCUGAAUCCAAUGAAGUAACAACACCUACGACUACGUUAUCGACUACAGCAAAAACAACUACCAGCGUAUCUGAAACUAUGGCGGCAGACGCCACUGCUACGACUGUCAUUAGCAAUAUCAAUACCAACACGACUACCACUACCACUAUUGCCAUUGCCAUCGCCACUGCUACAACUACAAGUACAAUUGCAACCACCGCCACCGCCACCGCUACCGCUGCUGCCACCGCCACUACGACAACCGCUUCUGCUGAAUUAGUUUUACCCUCUCUUGACCCUCUUACCGAAAGCAAUGGCAUUAUGAGAGUCGAAAUGAGUCCUGGCGGGACAACCGGCACCAUUGUUCAAGGUAGUGAAACGACAGCGCAAAUCAAUUUGUCGAAUGUAGCAAUACCGGCGCCAGAUUUGCCUUGCUUAGACGAUACUGCUUCUACAGUAGCAGCGACAUCCGCCACAACACCUUUAACAGUAAGCAUUGCUUCUGGUUCUGCUGAGACAUCAAUUACUACGGCAUUGUCGACAGUUCCGACAACAUCCACUGUUACUAUGUCAGUAACAUCGACCGGUGCAAAGACCGAAGAAAAGAUUGCAGAAGAAAAAAUAACGACUGACGAUACGUCCAAUCUUGUUACUAUAGCCGAGCAUGGCGUCGUCUAUCAAGUUACGGGUCAAGGCGAGGAAGGACAAACGCUUUUAGUAACGCAUGGAGCUGAUGGCGAGCAGCAAUGCGUAUAUGUUACUACCGAGCAACAAGGAGAUGACGGUUCAGUCUUGACAUUAGAUCACGCAGUUGCCGAGGCUGUAGCACAACUAAUUCCCGAUCAAGUAAAUCUCACACCCCAAUUUUAUGUAAAGGAAGAUGGAGCAGAGUCGACUGAAAGUCCAAUGGUCAUGUCUAUAAUGGAUAAUGCGAAUACGACAGAUGUAUCUGCAACUCAAGAAGAUAACGACGGACAAGCACAAGUUAUAGCUCAAGUGGUACAAGCUGAAGAACCCACUCCAGGAGGAACUAGAAGGGUAGUGCUCCUAUUACCAGAUGGAAAUUUAAUGAUGACCGAAGUGGAUGAAGAGCAAUACGCUGCUCUGGAACUUGACAAGUGAAAAUGAAUAUCAUUUUGUGCAUAUGCUAAGGGAAUACCAUGGCAAUGCAUCAAAUUGCACGUUACGCGCAAAUUGUACGUUUAAAAUGUGAUCGUAAAUUGUAUAUAUGUAAGAACGUUCACUUCGUACAAUUGCACAUUGAUAAUGUCUUAAUAUUCAAUGACUAGACUAGAUUAUUGCAAGAUGGAGAACUAGCUGAUAUAUUGUAAAAAAAUCAGCACACACCAAGAAAAA